AUGGCCUCCAAGACUGGCCGCAGCAGCUGCGUACGAAUCAAAUUAAAGUUUGCUAAUGUAGCUUGUAAAGACUUUACAUCAGCUUGGCGACGUUGCUGGUUCAUUUUUGAUAGCAAUUCUUGCCGACUGGUAGCUGAUUUAAUCUAUUUAAUACAAAAACGAUUCGCGUUAAAUCGUAAAUCGAGCUAUCACCUCUACCUCGACGAUUACUUGAUCCAACAUGAUGAACCCAUUGAAAUCAUCCGUGAUAAUGAUAUUAUUGUCGUAGAACAGGACGACUCUACAAAUAAAGAUUUACAAAUGGCCUAUAGCCAUGCAGGUACACGUGUAAAGAGGAAUAAAACUAAUAAUCUUACAUCGAAAGAAGGACAUCUUAAAUCAAGUGAAGCCUCUGAAGAUACCUCAAAUGAAAAACAAUCGUGCUCUAAAUCAAAUGUAGAUAUUAAAAAUACAACCAACGAAGAACAGUCUUCCUCAUCAUCAGUGGACACCAGUAGCAGUACCAGUUCGACCGAAUCAGACGAUAGCUCUAGUGAUAGUAGUACAUCAGAUGGCGAUAGUGUUGCCGAUCAGGAUGAACGAGUAGAUAGUAAUGUUCCUUCAUAUCACUUGAAGGGUGACAAAGACGAAAGCAUGGAUAUUGACAAAAGUGCAACACAAGUCUCCAACAAUCAUGUUUUAACACCUUCUAAAGAUGGUAAAAAGAGUGGGCUACAAGGAAUUGAGGAAAUAUCCAAGAAUACAAGUAGUAAUAUUGCUAUACAAAAUCAUCCACUUCUAUCAGAUUCUCAAUUAUCGCAAGGCAGUAAGCGAGCAAGCUUUAAUCGUUCUAAUGAAACUUCCACUAAAAAGAAAAAAUUUGAUUUGUCACAAAAUAGCGUAGCAAGUACCAAAGGACAGCAUAUCCGCUUCGACUCGGAAGAUGAAAAUAUACAAGUUCAACCCAAUACUCUUAAUAAUUCAAAUCCUUCCGAAUUGUCUACCUGUUCAGACAUUGAUAAAGGCCGAAAAUCAGUCAAAGUUAUGACGAAAAGCAUAGCGAAGAAUAAUCUUAGCGAAAGUAACUGGUACAAAAAUCUUAAAAUUUUAAAUGCUCCUCCUCGUAGUGGAGAUAAGAUCGUCUUUAGGGUUUUAGAAUUGUCAUCAUCUUAUACUCCAGAAAUAUCAAAAUUUAAGGAAGGCGUUGUUGAAUCAUAUAACAAUGCUACAGAUCAAAUUAUUAUCAAACUUACUGAUAGACAAUUAGAGAAAGAACGAAAGGAAUGGACUGAACCUGGAAAAUUUGAACUAUUUGAGGGAGAGGAAGAAAAUUACGUAAAAGAAAUUGAUCCUAUAGUUCAAACACCAUGGUCAUCUAUCACUGAAGCAAGACUUAUUGAAUCUUAA